AUGAUUCCUGCCAAUCUCGCCCUUCCAUCGGGCGCCCUUCCCUUCCUAGGGCUACUCAUGUCCAUCCUCACAUGGCUAAUAGUGAAAUGGCCAAUUCACCGUAAAUCCAGUACUCCUCAUGUACAACAACCGGAGAAAGAGCCAUUCAUCAAACCACUUCCUAGCCCUCAUCCUGAUGAUCCGACUUCAAACGAUCCCAAAUUGUAUCGUCCGUUCCGGCAUGGACCCAACUUCAUUACGAUGGGAAUUCGCAAACUGCACUGGGACAACUGGAUCGAAAUGGAUUCCUACUUUCUUCGAUACCACGAUAUGAAAGCAGCGGAAUUGAAGAAGGAUUUCAAGGAACACGUCAAAUAUGUCGAUAAUGCAGUCACGAGAGAUGCUUGUUUCGAGCUCAAUGAGGAAUUGGUCCGUCAUCUCACACAUCGCUAUCCCAAAACCUUCCGAUUGGAAGGAGGGAAAGUGCAUAAUAGCCUUACUGGAGAGGCGUUUUUAUUCCCAGCAGCAACCCCCGACGAGGCUCUUGCAACAUCAGCUCUGCUGGUUCAGGAUGAUCUAGUGCUGAUGAUAAAGAAUGAUGACGGAGAAUACCACCUCGACGCAGCCGCCGUCUGCCUCCCCGGCUUCUGGCGCCUCAAGGAGAAAUUCCGCAUGUCCCUAGAUACGCUUCACUUCGAGGCCGGCGUUCCUCAUUAUGCUGCAAAGUUACAAAAAGCCAUGAAUAAGUUCAUGUUGAAGCUUACUCCGGACAAGCCAGUGGAGAGAAAUAAUUUCUUCAUUCAACUCGAUGACGGACUCCACUGGUCCCACCGCAUGGGCGAUCAACAAGGAACAGAAGUUGCCUCAUGGGCCACUGCCAACGGCAAAGGUCUGACCAUCGACGAGAUCCAUUUCCGCUCAGAGAGACAGACACUACGUCGGCUGCCACGCUCGGGGGCAAUUUUGUUUACGAUUCGUACGUAUUUCGAGCCGGUGACGAAAUUGGCUCAGGAGCCUUAUAUUCCUGGUCGAUUGUUGGAGGCUAUUCGGAAUUGGGAUGAGACUGUUUCUUACUAUAAAGGCAAGUCUAGUUGGGAUAAGAUCUUAAUGCCGUAUCUAGAUGAGCAGGAUCGGUUGCAGAAGGAGCGGGGACUUGUGGACGGAACUGAGGGUGAAUUCCCUUAUUGA